AUGGGCCUUUUCCCUUCUCUCGCACCUCUAAUAUCGACUGUCAGCGUCACCAAGAAGACCACCAUCAUGGGCGUCCCGUCCGCCGAACCGCCGCCAUCAUUCCAAGAUACCAGCUCAGGAAGCGCAGCAGGUCAGAAUAUACCCCCUACAGCCUCGCCAACUGACGACUCGAGUGCUUCUCGGCCGUCCGGUAAAUCAAAGUCGGAUUCUGGCUCCCCAGACGAACCUCACAGCGGUUCUCAGGGAACUACUACCUCAGCCAGCCAAGGUAACAGCCCGGAAGGCCGUCCAGAAAACAGUCAAGGAAGACCUCAGAGCGGUACUCCAAAUGGUCAGCAAGGAGGUAGCCAAGGGAGCUCUCAAGCCUCUCCACAAACAACGCUUUCUCAGCCUCCCGGUAGCUCCAUGCCGGUUGAUCCGGGGCCUAUCACCUCAGAAACUGCAGGCCACUCCCAUUCAGUCCCUACCAGAACCAUGUUCAACCUGGGUGGGAUCCCUAUCACUAUCCAGGAGACUGACUCCAUCACCCUUGGAAACGGGCCAUCACGCACUACUAUUACUAGCAAUACUAACCCGACCACAUUUGCGGUUGAUGGCCAUACUUUUACUGUAAACCCUUCAGAGGUAAUCUACCUCGACACUACUUUCCACCUCGGUGCAGAUCCUAUGAAGUCACCACCACUCGUAUCAGGUACGGCUAAUCCUACGGACAGAGGAGACAGCGAGGGUCCGCGAACCGACAGUGAGGGCCAUACCAUAUCUCCUAGACCAACAGGCACCAGGGACGGCUCUCCUUCCAGUCAGAGUCUUGCAGUACGGAUAUCCACUGGUAUCAACACCACAUUUGUUCUAGGGAUAAGUACUGCACUUAUUUUUGGUGGCCUCGUUGGAGUUUUAUAA